AUGGCGGCGCGAAAACUUGGGUCCUUCUUACGUCAGCAUUUUCUUGCUCUCUUCUUCCUCUUGCUCGGCUGUUUUUUCUUCCCACGAGGCAGCGACUGUAGACAGAAGAGAAGGAAGAAGAAGCUCCGAACAGUUUCUUCAUCAUCUCCUUCCGGUUCCGGUUUAUCCUCUUCUUGGACGUAUUUAAAACGAGUUUUCUUAUCCACGACGAGGAUAUCCAAAUCCCGCAGCCAAACGCACCCUAACGGUCCGUUAACGACUCUCACCUCCGCUAGAUCGUCUCAGAACUCUCUCGUCACUCUCGUACAACCGGAGACGACGAUGACGAAUCAACCCGACCCGGAAACUUGUGAUGAAAACGGGUUAUCGGAGAUAUCGGACUCUCUGUUUCUCCCUCUCCGCAGCGAGAUUUACUCUUGCAACGCGUGCGGCGAGAUUUUCUCCAGAAUCAACCUCCUCGAGCAGCACAUCGCGAUCAAACACGCCGUAUCGGAGCUAAUCGACGGCGAAUCGAGCACCAACAUCGUGAAAAUCAUAUUCAAAUCGGGCUGGCCGGAGCACGGUAGCAAAAUCCCGGAGAUCCAACGGAUCCUGAAAAUCCACAACAGCCCGAAGAUUCUCACGAGGUUCGAGGAGUAUCGAGAGUUCGUGAAGGCGAAAGCAUCUCGAAGCAACGGCGGAGGAAGACGGUGGGACGACGAACGGUGCGUCGCCGACGGGAACGAGCUCCUGAGAUUCUACUGCUCGACGUUCAUGUGUAACCUAGGGCAAAACGGUAGCUCCUCGCUCUGCGGGCAUCAGUACUGCAGCAUCUGCGGGAUCAUCGGAUCCGGAUUCUCGCCGAAGCUCGACGGGAUCGCGACGCUGGCGACGGGGUGGAGAGGACACGUGGCGGUUCCCGAGGAGGUGGAAGAGGAGUUUGCGUUUAUGAACGUGAAACGGGCGAUGCUGGUUUGCCGGGUCGUAGCGGGUCGGGUCGGGUGUGAUAUGAUGGGGGAUGAUGAUGACGUGGGCAAGAAUGAUGGAGGGUAUGAUUCUCUGGUGGGGCAGGGGACAGGGAGCAAGAGUGGGGCCCUUCUGAGGAUCGACGAUGAUGAGCUGCUUGUGUUUAAUCCAAGGGCUGUGCUUCCUUGUUUUGUGAUCGUGUAUACUGUGUAA